ACCAGCUUGCCCUGGUCAGCCUAGUGGUCCGACUUCCCAGUCAACAUGAAGGCUCUCCUUAUUCUGGGCCUUCUCUUCCUUUCUGGCACUGCCCAGGGCAAGGUCUUUGAAAGGUGCGAGUUGGCCAGAACUCUGAAACGGUAUGGAAUGGAUGGCUUCAGGGGGAUCAGCCUGGCAAACUGGGUGUGUUUGACCAAAUGGGAGAGUGAUUACAACACCCAAGCUACAAACUACAAUCCUGGAGACAAAAGCACUGAUUACGGGAUUUUUCAGAUCAAUAGCCACUACUGGUGUAAUGAUGGCAAAACCCCAAGAGCAGUUAACGCCUGUGGCAUAUCCUGCUACGCUUUGCUGCAAGAUGAUAUCACUCAAGCUGUAGCUUGUGCGAAAAGGGUUGUCAGUGAUCCACAAGGCAUUAGAGCAUGGGUGGCAUGGAGAAACCAUUGUCAGAACCACGAUGUCACUCAGUACAUUCAAGGCUGUGGAGUCUAACUGCAGAGCUUUUGUUCUUCAACUCGCUUUUGCCUCUUUUUCAUAUAAGGGAGUAGUAAAUAAGUGAAAGGUCACACUACUUUUCUUUCCCAUUCAAACAAGGAACUUUUUUUUACAGAAGCAGGAGCAAAAUAUUGCCUUUCUCCUAAGACUUAGUAAUUAAUAACGUGUGUACUCUGAUAUUUUAGGAGCAAAAGAUCGCCUUUCUCUUAAGACUUAGUAAUUAAUAACAUGUGUACUCUUUGAUAUUACACCUACAACAUUUUUCAGUUUGCUUAAAAGAACUAAUGCUGGUAGAAAUGAGCUAAACAUAAGGAAAGAUUAGAUAAGCUGUUGCUAUUCUUUAAUUUUAUUUCUAUAGAUUCAUGCAUCAAAACUAAAUCCAGAAGGCAGAUGAGUUUGCAAGUAUUUUGAAAUGCUAAUGAACAACAGCUAAGAAAUUAUGCGCAUUGUAAAAAAAUGCAACCACGGUUAUUAAAGGCUUCGCAACUCA